GGGGGCGCGGGCGCGGGGCGCGGGGCGCGGGCAUGCGUACCGAGCCCGCAGGUCGCAUUCCAGUAGUUCGGCCAGCCACCGCGCGGCGCUAACGUACUCGCCCAGUCCGCGUCGCUCGCUCCCAAUACAAAGAACACCUCAGUAUUGUAAAAAAUCUGUGAUGUAUUGAUUAAUUCCAACUUUAUCCUCACGCUAAACAACGUUAACGACGACUGUGAACUAAUAACCAGUGAUCAAAGUGAAGAAAGCGUCGUUUUCAACGCGUUUUGAACGGGCCACGUCCUAUGGAAUUCCACAUUUAUCGUUGAAUAGAAUCUAGCGAGCCGAGGAACAUGGUGGACCCAUCGCGUCACCUUUGAAUGGAUUGAUCGUGUUUUAUAUGUGAAAUUGUGAGCGUUCAGUGAUGUAUAGUGUUAGUGGUGUAUGAAUAUGGAUUGGUGUGUGUGUUACAGUGUGUAGCGGGCUGCGAUACUACACCUUGGUCGUCGGAUAAUGAGAGUCCAAUAAACCAGUCAGGAUGGUGUCCCUAACAUACUUCGGCCUCCGCCACACGCCCUGGACCGUGCUCGUGCUCAUCUUCUUCAUCGAGAGCGUGAUGGGCAACUACGCCAAGUCCUUCUACAUCCACUGGAACACAACAAACAGCAUAUUCAGAAUAGACAACACAGACCACGUAUUCGACUUGAAUAAAGGCAACGCACAGUUCGAAUACGACCAAGUGAACAUAAUCUGUCCAGUUUACACGCCAGGCACUUUCGAGGAGGACACGGAGAAAUAUAUAAUAUACAAUGUGAGCAAAGAAGAGUACGAUACGUGUAGAAUAACAAAUCCAAAUCCAAGGAUCAUAGCAAUAUGCGAUAAACCGCACAAAUUAAUGUUUUUCACAAUAACGUUCCGGCCGUUUACGCCGCAGCCGGGGGGCUUGGAGUUCCUCCCCGGCAAGGACUACUAUUUCAUAUCGACGUCUAGUAAAGACGACCUGCACAGACGCAUCGGGGGCCGGUGUCUGAGUCAUAACAUGAAGCUGGUGUUUCGCGUGUGCUGCAAGCCGGAGGAGCAGUCGCCGGCGCCGGCGCCGCAGCCGACGCUGCCGCCGCCGCCGCCUCCGCCGACCACGCCGGCGCCCACCACGACCACAACAACAGCCAAGCCGGUGACAAAGAAGACGCACAAGUACGACAAGACGCCGAACGAGGUGAUCAAGAGCGAGGAGUUGUCUCACUCCCGCGGCGCAGCCCUGGCCUCGUCGCUGGCCCUCGCUCUGGCGGCGAGCGCGGUGCUGGCGCCGCUAGCUCGGUGAAUGUGCGCACGGGCGGCCCGCCCGCCGCGCCCCGACCUGCUCGCCAAGCCCGGCCCGGCACAGACACUGCACACGCUACACUUACGCCCUGACACUCUAGUAUACACGUGAAUCUGUGCAGUGACUCAAACCCAGUGACUACAGUCUAGUGCCGUGCCCGUGCCCCGAGGAUUGUGGAUGUUCCGUGCAAUUUGUAAGUACGAAUGUGCGAUGUGUAAAACUCAAGUUCCGAACUAGUUCCAAACGAAAACUUUAGCAUUUAACGAACUCAUAAGCCUAAUUUUUAUUUAAUUAUAUGGGCCUAAUGAUUAAUCGAACUAAUUUGUGAAUUUACUUUCAAUAGAGGACGUCAAACUGUAGGAUACGAUCAGUUAUAUAUAUUUAUAUAUAAAGAAAUGUUAACAUGUAUGAUAAAAUAAAAUUAGGUUUCUUAAACCAUUUAGGAAUUAACGAUUUUUUAUAUUUUUCAUUAUGCAAAGGAUAUUUGAAUAAGAAUUAGGGUUCUUAAUGGAUCAAAUGCAAAUAUAGGAAAACGUAUAUAAAAUACUAGGUAGCUUUUUGUAAUUUUUAGUUCAAAAGACAGUUUUUUUUUAAUAAUUUUCAC